ACUUUUUUCAGUCAACUAUUUGCCGACUAUUGCAGUCGACUUGAUGCUGACUAUUGCAGUCAGCUAUUGCAGUCCUGCAGUCUAUAACCUAUAUAUUCCUUGUUCUUAUUAUUCUUAUUCCAUUCCGGUGAGUGUGAACAAGUGUAAAUUUCGUAAAUAUUUUUAUUAUUUAGUGCGUAGACAAAAAACAGAAGUGUAUAGCGUUCGCGAAUAAUCCAACUGCAAGAUGCCAAAGGCUUUUCAAGAGUUAUCCAGACGGCAAAAAAAUCGCCGUCUUUGUGCAUACGCAAGAGAAGACAGUACUGACACAUCUGAAAAUAAAAAUUCGGACACUAUUAACGCCAAUGAAGAAUGCAAUUUGACAAAAUCAUAUGAAGAGCUCUCAGUAGUACCUGAUGAUGAGACUAUUCAUGAUGUUAACGAUUACAAUAUAUUACCUGAGGAGAAAUGGAUUGAUGAGGAGGAUGAUUACAUUUGUAUUGUAGAAACUGUUAUGAAGAAUAGCGAGGCGACUAUCAGCGAGAUAGAAUUAUUGAUGCAAGAUUGGCUGCGACGAGCUGGUGACCGAUUGCGUUUGUUACUUGCACAAAAAUAAAUAUAUUUUAUAUAUAAUUA